GUCAUUUAUUUCCUUCAACCUUGUGCGAACGGGGAUGUCGGAGACUCGGAGGUCCUCCACCCGUUCGCUUUCCUCCACUGAAUUCCCGAAAUGCGCCGCAAUUAAAAAAGAGUGAAAAAAAAAACUUUCUCCUCGCAUCACUCGACCCGCUUCAAGACAUGGCGAGAUCGGGAUUGGUCGAGCAAAGAGCGAGAGAGAGGAGGAAGGGAUAUGGGCGAUGGAAGAUCUCUCGCCGAGACCCCGACGUGGUCCGUCGCCACUGUCACCACCGUCAUGGUCGCCGUUUGCUUCGUCGUUGAGCGAUCAAUCUACCGGUUCGGAAAGUGGUUGAGGAAGACGAAGCGGAAGGCCAUGCUCGCCGCCCUCGAGAAGAUCCGUGAAGAGCUCAUGUUGCUGGGGCUCAUCUCGUUAAUGCUGAGCCAGACAGCGAGGUGGAUAUCAGAUAUUUGCGUCCCGUCGUCUCUCUUCAGCAGCCGCUUCUACAUUUGCUCCGAGGCCGAUUUUGACGAUCUUUUGGCGGCUACUGAUGGCAGCUCGGAUCAGAACCGUUCGGCUGUUGUUAUUACUGGGGACCCUUUACUUGAAGCACCUGCGAACCAUUGUCAGGAAGGUUAUGAGCCCUUCGUCUCGUUUGAAGGAUUGGAGCAGCUUCACCGCUUCCUGUUCAUUCUUGGAAUCACUCAUGUUUUGUACAGCUUCGUCACCGUUGUUUUGUCUAUGAUCAAGAUUUAUAGCUGGAGGAAGUGGGAGAUCCAAGCAUAUCCACUUUUUACUGAGGAUUUGCAAGCAAGGAGAAGAAAUAUGAUGAAGCGACAGAGUACAUUUGUAUUUCAUCAUGCAUCACAUCCAUGGAGCAAGAACAAGAUUCUUAUUUGGAUGCUUUGUUUCAUUCGCCAAUUCAAGGGUUCUAUAGCAAAGUCAGACUACCUAGCACUGCGAUUAGGCUUCAUCACUAAUCACAAAUUGCCACUUUCUUAUAAUUUUCACAAAUAUAUGGUCCGGAGCAUGGAAGAUGAGUUUUAUCGAAGUGUUGGUAUCAGCUGGCCACUUUGGGCAUAUGCAAUAUUGUGUAUUCUUGUGAACAUUCAUGGGGUUAAUAUCUACUUCUGGUUAUCUUUCAUCCCUGCCAUAUUGGCAAUGUUAGUGGGAACCAAACUUGAACAAGUUGUUGCUCAAUUAGCUCUCGAUGUUGCUGGGGCAACAGAUCCAUGCAUUGGAACACAGCUAAAGCCACGUGAUGAUCUCUUUUGGUUUGGCAAACCUGAAAUACUAUUGUGGUUGAUACAAUUCAUUUCCUUUCAGAAUGCUUUCGAGAUGGCAACAUUCAUCUGGUCUUUGUGGGAUUUAAGUUCACAAUCAUGUUUCAUGAACAACCAUUAUAUGAUUGUUAUUCGCUUGAUUUCAGGGCUACUAGUUCAGUUUUGGUGCAGCUACAGCACAUUACCACUUAAUGUGAUAAUUUCUCAGAUGGGAUCCAAAUUCAAGAAGUCUCUGCUUGCUGAGAGAGUAAGGGAGUCUCUUCAUAGCUGGUGUAGGAGAGUGAAAGAGAAGUCACAGCGUGACCCAAUGCUUUAUCGAGCGGGAACCAUAACAUCAACUUGCUCACUGGGAUCAACCAUAGAAGAGAAGUCGAAGCGUGACCCAAUGCUUUAUCGAACGGGAACCAUUACAUCAACUUGCUCACUGGGAUCAACCAUAGACGAGACCGACGAGACCAAUACAAUUGAAUCUGGAACCCUGUCUCGUUGCUCAUCUAGAGCAUCUUUGGAGGAGCUUGUCCUAGAUAAUUCCGACGAACCAAGGCACCAUACAACUACACCUCAUCUCUAACUAGAACACAGAGAGGGAGGGCAUUCAACACCUGGGUUAUUCCUCUGAGUCGCGCCAGGAUGACAUGAAAUAGUCAGACUGAUAGUGGAAUUUACUUUUAGUAGUGCUUAUUUGCUUGUGUUUGACAUUUCGUUUUCAUGCUUCACUAGUAUCCUUUUAGAGUUCAUGAACUCUUGCUGAGUUGGAUGUUGUAGUAAUCGCAGACAAAGAUACUUUCAUUAUGUAAUGAAAGGUAUCCAGAAUUAAGAGAUUGAUAUAUGGGAACUAAUUUCAAUAAUUAAA